UGCAUCUUCCGGCAAACCUAAAGAAGCAGAGCGAAAAAAAAAAAAAAAGCACCUUUUCCUUGAGUUCAACUAUGAGAAAGAACAAAGUUCCCAAUGAGUUCAGCCUCUAUGUGCUUUUGUUUCUCCUUCAACUAUUGUUCCCUCUGCAGGUUAACUCAUACAAUCCCGUUGAUGAUUUUGCUGUCAGCUGUGGCGGCUCCGCAACCAUUCAAUUUCAAAAUCGGACCUGGGUUGGAGACGUUGACACCAAACUGUUUUCCAUCAUUGAAUCAGAAACUAGUUCACCUUCUGUCAAAACCAAUGCUCCUAACUCUCCUUCUUCAGUUAACUCAGUUCCAUUUGGCUCCGCACGUAUCUCUCACUCCAAAUUCACCUACUCCUUUCCCGUCACUAACGGCCCAAAGUUCGUUCGGCUUCACUUUUAUCCAACAUCGUAUGCUAACUUCAAACCCUACAACACCCUCUUCUCUGUUAAAAUAGACAACAACAACAACCUUACCCUUCUUAAAGACUUCAACGCCUCACUUUUUGUUGUCAAAGAUGAAUCAGAGACAAUCACUAAAGAAUACUGUGUCAACGUGGAAACAGGUGAGAGGCUAAACAUAACCUUCAUUCCCAGCACUAAUGAUUCCGAUGCUUAUGCUUUUAUCAACGGGAUCGAGGUUGUGUCUAUGCCUCCCUUUCUCUAUUACACUGAUCCCAAUGACUUAGGGCUUAAGCUUGUGGGUCAUGACACGCAGUACCAAAUUCACAAAGAGAAAGCUCUUGAGACACUUCACAGAGUCAACGUUGGUGAUCCUCAGGUUCCACCAAGUCAAGAUACUGGUAUGUUUAGGAAUUGGGACAACGAUCUUCCUCGCUACUUGGAGAAGCAAUAUCCAUUUAGUGUAUCAAGUGGAUUUGCACUUCAAUUAAAUUAUGAAAAUAAUGUUGUUCCGAAUUACACUGCACCAGCUGUUGUGUACUUAACUGCCAGAAGUUACGGGAUGCAUGCCACUGAGAAUUAUAAUGUUACUUGGGAUUUUGUUGUGGACUCAGAGUUUACUUAUAUGGUUAGGUUACAUUUCUGCGAGUUUGAUCAGAAGAUUCAGGAUUAUGGUGAUAGAGCUUUUCAGAUUUUUAUAGCUGAAACUUUGGCUGAGCCAUAUGCAGAUGUGAUUGGCUGGAGUGGUGGUAAUUUAGUUCCCGUUCAUAGGGAUUAUGCUGUGUUUAUGUCCACCCAAGGAAACUCUGAGAAAGUUAAUCUUUCUAUCAAAUUGCAACGACUGCAAGAGGGAAUGGUGACCAAUUACCAUGAUGUCAUAUUGAAUGGCAUCGAAGUUUUCAAGAUAAGUGACGAGAAUAACAAUCUCGCAGGACCGAAUCCUGAACCAAUUUUAUCUCCACCGAAACAAGUGUUGCAAACCCAAUCAUCCAAAAGCUCGAAGACCACUGUGGUUAUCAUUGCCGUGGUUGCAGUUUCAGGCCUCGUGCUAGCAUCUGUUAUCGGCAUCAUAGUUUUUCAACGAAGGAGAAGAGGCCAUCAUGACAUGGAAGAUAAUUCAUGGAAGACAAAGGGUAAAGGGUCAUCUUUGCCAUCCCAUUUGUGCCGCUACUUUACAAUCGCAGAGAUAAGAGCUUCCACAAACAACUUCGAUGAUGCUUUCAUCAUCGGUGUUGGAGGAUUCGGCAACGUGUACAAGGGUUACAUCGAUGGGUCCACACCCGUUGCGGUCAAACGCCUCAAGCAGGGUUCUCAACAGGGUUUCAACGAGUUCAGGAACGAGAUCGAGAUGCUAUCACAGCUUCGACACCUUCAUUUGGUGUCCCUCAUUGGUUACUGCAACGACGGCACAGAGAUGAUCAUUGUCUAUGACUUCAUGCACCACGGCACUCUCUGUGAGUAUCUCUAUAACUCCGAUGACCAGCCACUUCCGUGGAAGCAGAGGCUCGAGAUCUUAUUGGGUGCAGCAAGAGGGCUCCAUUAUCUUCAUGCGGGUGCGGAGCACAAUAUCAUUCAUCGUGACGUGAAGAGCACCAACAUCUUAUUGGAUGAGAAAUGGGUGGCUAAGGUUUCUGACUUCGGGUUAUCCAAAGUGGGACCCACUGGGACUUCGAUGACCCACGUCAGCACAGUCGUGAAGGGGAGCGUUGGGUAUUUGGACCCGGAGUACUACAAGCGUCAAAGGUUGACUUUAAAGUCUGACGUGUACUCGUUCGGUGUGGUGCUUCUUGAGGUAUUGUGUGCGAGGCCACCUUUGGUUCGUACGUUGGACAAGCAGAAAGCAAGUUUGGUUGAUUGGGUUCGGAGAUGUUACGAAGAAGGAGAGAUUGAUCAGACGGUGGAUCCAUUUCUAAAGGAUUCUAUUACGGAUGAGUGUUUGAAAUGUUACUGCCAGAUGGCGUUGAGUUGUUUGCUUGAUGAUGGGAAUCAACGGCCAUCCAUGAGUGAUGUAGUUGGGACCCUUGAGUUUGCAAUGCAGUUGGUGGACAGUGAGGAAGAUAAGAAGUUUGGUGGGACCCAAGAAGUGGGAGACAGGGAGAAAAUGCUACAAUUACCGCAGUUUAAGAGCGAUGAAGGGAGUGAUGUGCGUUUCACUAGUAGUGAUGAAUCGGGGUCCAAGUCCAGCAACGUUACCACAGUCUCAGCCAGUACUGAGGAACACGCUUUGGUUUCUGCUUUGGUGUUCUCCGAGAUUGGGAAUCCAAGAGCACGAUAGGACUCUUGCCAAGGUUUCGUACUCUUUUUUGUUUUUGGUAAUCUUCGUACUUUAUAUUUAGUGUAACACCCCGUUCUAGAACCGGUUUGUUAAC